AUGAUAUUUUCAGAGACGCACAAGGAAUUGAUGAUAGAAGGAGAGAAAUGGUUAAAAGAUAAUGCUAAUUCAUGCACAAUUGUAACAGCCCUAGUUAUCACCAUAGUAUUUGCGGCUGUCAUUACGGUACCGGGUGGAUUUGAUAACAACAAUGGCUUUCUGAUUCUCUCCAAGGAUAAAGCAUUUACAAUCUUUAUUAUAUCAGAUGUGCUUGCUUUUCUUUCAUCUACAUCCUUUCUCUUAAUGUUCUUGUCAAUCAUCACUUCCCGUUUUUCAGUAAUUGAUUUUCUCCACGCCUUGCCCACAAAAUUUAUUAUUGGCCUCGUAAGCCUAGUCAUCUCUAUAAUAUUUAUGAUGGUAGCCUUUGGAGCGGCAUUCUAUCUUGUUUUUAGAGAGAAGACGACAUGGAUUUUUGCUUCUAUAAGUGCUCUUUCUGUUGUACCCGUCUCGUUGUUUGCAUACGCGCAAUUUCCUCUGCUUGUGGAGAUGAUCGGAUCGACCUAUGGUGUGGGCAUUUUGGACGGACUUAAUUUGAUUGUUUAUACUUCUUCUAGAUGA